AUGCCUGCUCCUCUGCUCCCGCUGCUGCUCCGCACACUGCUGGCCCGCCUGCUGCUGCCUGCUGCCCGCCUGGCCCGCCAGCACCUCCUGCCCCUGCUGCGCCGGCUGGCCCGCCGCCUGGGCUCCCAGGAUUUGCGAGAGGCUUUGCUGGGCUGUCUGUUGUUCGUCCUCAGUCAGAGACGCCCGCCGGACACUGGGGAGACUUCCAGGGUGGCCCGCCUGGAGAGGAGGGAGAGGCUAGCCUCCCAAAAAUGAGGCCAUGAAUCCUGGUAGCAGCUGUGCCCCCUGAAAUGCUUUAUUUCGGAGUUAAGACAGUCCUGGCUCCAUCACUGACUGUAGCCUGCCCA